AGUUAGAGCGUUCUUCCACCGUAUGGAUCAUAGAAACCACCCACCUUCUGCAGAACCGGAACAUUUUCGAAUCGAGCCGCACAAAACUGAUACCCUUGCUAGGGUAUACAGGGCUAUUUUGCUGUUAAAAACAAUUAUACCUGGGCUGAUGGCGGGGUUAUAGCAUACCGACUGCAGAAGUGGCAGGUUUCAACUCUGCGCAGAUGAUUAGUGACUUUUUUUUUUGUAUUAUCAAAGUAGCACUGGCGAGAAACGGCAAAAAACCGUAGAAGCUGCAAACUUACCUCAUGAUGAAUGAUGUCUCUGCCCACUUCCUUCAAACUUGAAACAAAAAAACGACUGGAGGAGGUUGAAGGUAUCAGUGGUGAUAACAACCUCAGGUACCGCCAGAAACUUUUCGCAGAUCUCCAAAACCGUGGCGGAGAAGACGCUAAUCCUAAACGGGCAUCGGCGGCGGCGCUCCGAAUUUUUAUCUCGACGGCCUUCCGCCUCUCGCAACGAACGUCACAUCGAACUCUUCUUUCCCGUGUUACUUCAACCUCGACUCAGAUAUCGCCCAUCCUUUGACCGGACUCGGUGUCUUCAAAGACCAGCUAUAAACGAAGAUGGCUUCAACUCUUGCUAUGGGACUCGGUGUCGCGACCGCGGCGUUUUUGGGUCGCGCGGGUUUUGUCGCUUUCCGUCGCGCCAGGGGAGGUGUGAACGCCGCGGGCAAGGCAUUCUAUAAGGGAGGAUUUGAACCCCGGAUGAACCGUCGCGAAGCCGCAUUGAUCUUGGAACUCCCGGAACGUACCUUGAACAAGGACAAGGUCCGCAAGAAGCACCGUCAGCUCAUGCUUCUUAACCACCCCGAUCGUGGCGGCAGCCCGUACCUGGCAACCAAGAUCAACGAAGCCAAGGAAUUCCUCGAUAAGCAUACUUAAAGGUGGGAUCGGAAGGGGCCGUGGCCCCUGGUCACCGUUAGGGGUAUUGGCGGAUCCUCUGACAACGGAAGAGUGGACCUUCCGUUCAUUGUAUAAGGAAAGAGAAUGUCUUUUUUUGGGUGCAUAGCAUGGCGUUGGUGGAAUUUUCGAGGA